AUUAAUUGUUUACAUUUUCCGAGAGCGAAAAAGCCCAAAACAAAAAAAUAAUAAUAACAACAAAAAUUAUCAAAAUCAUCUGUGUUUUUGUUGCUGUCCGUUCCCGGUGCAUUUGUUUAAAAUCACUCAGCCCAGCAUCUGUCACUUUGAUUCCGGUCGCGUGUUCAGUGAGUGCUCAAGAGUUCAACGGUUUUUUAAUUUUUUUUGUUGAUAUGCAAAAUGUUUAGCUGAUGCUGAUUACGAAAUUUUGCAAUAAAUUGUUUUUUUUUUUUUUGUGAAUUAAAAGAAAAAAUAUAAAAGAAAUCAGUGAAGUGGUAUGCAUUGGUAUAUCAAAGUCCUACCCACGCGGAAGAAAGCGAAAUAAUUGUUUUCAUUAAAAGAAAGAAAGAAAAAAACAUAUUUUAUUUAUAAUUGUGGUCAUUACACUUUCCAUCUGGGCAAAAAACCAAAAAAAAAAAAAAAAAUACCCAAAUAUUCCUCUGUGUGAUCUGCAGUGCGUUUGCGGUGAUUUAUUUUCGCUAUCUGAUAAGUCACACACUCUCGUAUAUUUUUUGUUUUGGCCAGCGAUACCUACUUGAGCGUAAUUAUAUAUUUCGCUACCGAAUUUCAAAAAAUUUUGCCACCGGUCAUUUAACUCCGUUCAGUAUUAAUUUAAACCCCCAAGAAAUAUUCCUGCUUUGCCAUAAGAGGAUCAUUUUCAACGCAGUCAAUUAAACCGCAGCUUCCACCUCGGGCACCAGUUGUGGUCGAUCUCCAUUGCUAAGCAAGUCAAGGAACACAGAAGAGAAUACCACAAAAUACCUGCCAAAGAGAAAUAAAAAUAAUUAAAAAACAACAACAACAAAAAUGAAACUCUCAAAUGCUUUUAGCCACAUAAUGUUUGUGGUAUUAUGUGGUCUAUUAACGGUUUUAGCUGAGACCGUAGACACAAGAACACAACAGCUGCAGCAGCAGCAACAGGCGUCACAACAUUUGCAACAAACUACACAGCAUCACACACGUCACAAUACACAUCCGCAUAACCAUCAUCAACAUCAUCAUCAGCAGCAGCAUCCGAACAACAGGAAUCACAAUCAUCACCAUCAACAUCGGCCGCAUCUGCAUCAGCAUCAGAAUUUAAAUCAACAGCCAACGGCAAGAUCACAACAACAACACCAACAAAGGCAUCACAUAACAACACCAGGAGUUGCCAUGGCGGCGGCGUCUUCAUCACCAUCAUCUUCACCAGCCAUCACCACAUCCCCACACAACCACAGGCAGUCGAAGAAAUUAGAAACCAAAUCUCUAACAUCCCAAGUAGAACUAAUCGAUGCUGCCGUAAAUUUACCAAAGAAUUUCAACGCAACAAAAUUGAAACGUUUAAAUCAGGAUGACUUCUAUAAUCGAGCCGUUCAGCGACGCUUCAACGCCAGACGCAAUGCACGCGACGAAUGGGCCUACAACACCUACAACAUCCACACAAACACCUAUAACUCGUUGUUGCCAUCGAAUCAUGCUGCGGGCAAAGGUGAUGAUAACAGCGACGAUGUGGAGUUUGUCAGUGCCACCGGCAAGCGUAUCAUUCCCGAUUGGUCCAGACGUGGCGGAUAUGUGCCACCACGGCGGCCGACAACCACAACUACAACAUUGCCACCACCGGCAAUAAUACCGGCGCGACGGGGUUAUUCAACGGGACCGGUCACCGAUGCACCACCGUCAUCGUCGAAGACCACCACUGAGGAUCCCUUCGAAACGAAUGUUAUUAAUCGCAAUCCCCCCAUGGAUGCCAAAGAUAUGGAAAAACGUCACAUUUGCGUGCAACAACGCACCAUAACAAUGCCCGUCAAGACAACAGAGGUCUACAGCCGACCAAUUUGGAAACAUGUGAGUACGCCGUGUCAACCGCAAACGCAUGCAAAUCAAAUGUGUACACGCGUCCAGUUGGUGCACGAACAGGCCUAUCGCGAUGUCAUACGUCACAAAUCAGCUCAACAGGUCAUUUACGAUUGCUGUACUGGUUGGAUGCGUGAAUCACCGCAUGCGGAUGGCUGUAUGAAACCCGUCUGUACUGCUCGCUGUCAAAAUGGAGGCACAUGUACGGGUCAUGAUUCCUGCAGUUGUCCGGCUGGUUUUACAGGACGUUAUUGUGAAAUUGACAUCGAUGAAUGUAAAGAGGAGAAACCCUGCGAUCAGACGUGUAUCAACACAGUGGGCUCAUAUUAUUGCCAAUGUCGGGAUGGCUUCACCUUGCUGGCCGAUCAGCAGAGUUGUAAGAAAAAUGAUGUACACAAGGAUGAUGCAUUUGAAGCCAGAGACUUGGAGAAUGAAAUUGAGCCACAGGAAGAUAUAACAGCCAGAUUGCAGAAAAUCGAAAAACAAUUGGCCAAUGAAAAAGUGCAAUCGAAUGAAUUGCAAAAAACCUUACAGUCCACAUAUUCAAUGGUCGAUUCUCUCAAGAAUCGUUUAAUCAAUUUGGAAAAACAACAAAUGGACUUUCAUCGUUUACAAACGAAUCUAUACAACACUGAAUCGCGCACAAUGAAAUUGGAGGGAAUGGUGAAUCUUUUAAUGAAAUGUCGAAAUAAUGUCGGACCCAAUGCCCACUGUCCCUAAAUGUAUACUGCUACUGUAACCGUAUCCCAUAUCAAAUUGGAAAUCGUAGUUUUUAUUUAAAAAUUUCCACACACACACACCUAAAACAGAACUGCAUUAUAUUUAUUAGGAUUUUGAAUUAAGCUUAACUCUAGAUUUUAUGCUUCUUUUUGAAGAAAUCUCAACAUCCAUUAUUGACUACUCCCUUCAAUUGUAUUGCCAUCUAUUUUCUUCUUUAACUUUUAAUUUCAAAUUAGCUUUUAGAAAUGCUCAAUAUUUGUGUAUUGUACUUAGGACAUUGCCUUCCUCGGUGGGUUGAUUUUAUUUGUCAUUAUUUUAUUAUAGCAUUCCCAUUAACCCCAACCUAAAAAAAACACUCUCACACAAAUGCAUGAAAUGUAACAAGUCUUGAAAAAUUUACGGUGUAUUUGUUUUGAAUUGAAAUUUUGCAUUUUUUGUAUGCAUGCUGUUAGAGUUUAAGAGAAGUAGAAGAGAUAUAGGAAAUUUGAAACGAAUUUCAAUUGUAAAAAAAAAAAUAUUGGCCUUUUUUAUUAUUCCAUGUUCGUAGCGUCAUCGUUGUCGUCGAAGAAAAAGCUUUUAUAUGCCUAAUUUUAAGGAUAUGAUAUAUUUGUAACGUAUUUAAAUGUAAAUAUUUAAA